GGGGCGGCGGGCAGAGGGGAAGGAUCGGUCCGGUCCGGUCCGUUCCGUUCGGCUCUCUUACCGCUUCAUCUCCGCACAACCCGGCCAGGCAGACACCAUGCCCGUGUCAAGGAUGAGGAUGAGGCCCUGGCUGGAAAUGCAGAUUAAUUCCAACCAAAUCCCAGGACUGAUAUGGAUUAACAAGGAUAAAAUGAUAUUUCAAAUCCCCUGGAAGCAUGCAGCCAAGCAUGGCUGGGACAUGGAGAAGGAUGCCUGCCUUUUCCGGAGCUGGGCCAUCCAUACAGGGAGAUACAAAGAAGGGGAGAAAGACCCUGACCCCAAAACCUGGAAGGCAAACUUCCGCUGUGCCAUGAAUUCCCUGCCAGACAUUGAAGAGGUGAAGGAUAAAAGCAUCUACAAAGGCUCCAGUGCUGUCAGGGUCUACAGGAUGCUGCCCCCCCUGACCAAGGACCAGAAAAAGGAAAGGAAGUCAAAGUCUUCAAGAGAAGCCAGAAACAGGAGCAAGAGAAAGUUGCAGGAGGACACGAGGUUGGAGGAGGCAGCAGAAAGCCUGACCAGCCCUGCCCUGCCAGAUGACCACAGUGAUUACACCAUUUCCACUUACCCAGGGCAGGAGGUGGAGGUGGAGAGCAGCACAUCCAUCACCUUGGAGCCAUCAUCCCUGUGCCAGGUGAGCACCUCACUGGGGGACUGGAGACCCCCCCUGGAGCUGAUCCUGGCUGACAGCACCAAGGACCCCUACCCACUGCAGGUGUCCCCCCUGGCAUCCUCCUCUGAAGUCACAGACGAAGACGAAGAGGAAAUGAACCCAGAGAUUUUGAAGCUGCUGGAGCACAGCCAGGACUGGCACACCAUCAGUGUGGGGGAUAAAGGUUUCCUCACCAACGAGUCGGGGACCCUGAGCCUGGGCACCCCCUACAGCAGCCUGGAGCAGGACAGGGACAUGGACCCCACCUCAGGAGAGCUGGAGCUCAGGCUCUUGGAUCAGAAGAGCAGCCUGGACUUCUGGCUGGACACUGCCAGACCUGGCAUCCAAGCCAUCUCCUGUGGUUUCUAGAGCUCCAGCUUCCCCCAGCUCCUGGCAGGAACCUUGGGAAGCAUGGGAAAAAUCAUUGGUUACUGACUGGAGUGAAGCAAGGAGCUUCUGUUUGCCAUUCCACCUGUAGGCCUGGGAAGGUUAGAGGGGAAAACUCCACGAGGAAGAGAUUACAAAUCCAUAAAAAUGUUUGAUAUGUAACAGGACUGCUGGCACUGGGAAUGUUCAGCUGCAGAACUCACCCUGGGAUUGCCUGGGGGGUGAGACUUGUCCUGGGACAUUGUCCCCCACGUGCCAUGGGCUCUGGCCACGGCUCUGGCUUCCAUGUGUCCUAGGAAGAGGUCACCAAGCAUCCCAGUGGGAUGAGGAGGAGGUCACCAGCUCUUCCAGUGGGAUGAAGAGGUUGCCAAGCAUCCCAGUGGGAUGAGGAGGUCACCAACUGCUCUGAUGGGAUGAGGGGGUCACCAGCUCUUCCCAUGGGAUGAAGAGGUUGCCAACAAUCCUUGGGGGAUGAAGAGGUCACCAGCUCUUCCAAGGGGAUGAAGAGGUUGCCAACCAUCCCAGUGGGAUGAGGAGGUUGUCACCAACUCUUCCAAUGGGAUGAAGAGGUUGCCAAGCAUCCCAGUGGGAUGAGGAAGUCACCAACCAUCCCAGUGGGAUGAGGAGGUCACCAGCUCUUCCCAUGGGAUGAAGAGGUUGCCAACCAUCCCAAUGGGAUGAGGAGAUUGUCACCAACUUUUCCGAUGGGAUGAAGAGGUCACCAAGCAUCCCAGUGGGAUGAGGAUGGAUGAGCACCCAGUUUUCCCUGGCAGGUUUGGGUGCUGCUUCCCUGUGCAUCAUCUCCUUGCCCACUGUCCUGACACUUAGAACAGAGAUUGCACUAAGAGCCCCCACUUCUGCUUUGAUUUCCUCCACCCCAAUUCUUCACCUUUCAGAUCCCACCCCUCCCCCCCUGCAUCAGUAAAGUU